GUCCAGGAAUCAAAGGAGAAGCAACCUGGUUACGACUUGUAUGUGCUGACCACGAUCCCGGGCCUCAGUUACUGACAUUACAGCAUCUGGCGCAUCCAGGGGACCCAAGAGGACACCAAGCGAUUGGGUGCCAGUGUGGCUAGAACCUCCAACUUUGCCCGCAAGACAAAGAGCCCUGCUGGCCCAAGGGGCAGGCAGCUGGUUCGUGUGGAGAAUGACUGUCACACUGUGUUCCUGGACCGGGACACUAACCUGAUGUACAGCAUCUUAGAGAGAGAGAGUAACCGCACUGUGCAGGGGACCCAGGAGUUCAUGGAGUACCGUGUCAACGGGAACUUGAAAUAUGGCCCUAUCUCUGAUAAUGUGUUUACACCCACCGAGACUGCGAAGCAAUCAUGGGCAAGUGUGGGGCUGCAGAUUGUGGCGGGAAAGCUCAUGACCGAGAUCCGGCAGUUCUUCUCCAGGGAUGUGAGGGACAGCAGUCACACAUAUGCCAUCUACUCCCGGCUCGCCCACAUGCCAGUCGGCCAUGGCGGGGAGCUGCUGUGCCGUCGCAUGGAGCAAGAGUACCGGGUGGGCCCCUUGGAGCUGAACUGCGAGGCCAUCCUGAGGACCAGCACCGGUCUCCACAACCAGCAGGUCCUCUACUCGGACAGCAACGGCUACCAGAUGCAGGGGAGACUCUUCCGGGACCACGCGAGCAACAGCAUCGCUCGGAAUUACUACCCCAUGGUUCAGUCCGCCUUCAUCGAAGACAGCCGAAGCCAGCUGGUGCUGCUGUCCCAGCAGGCACAUGGCGUCUCCAGCCAAGGGAAUGGGCAGGUGGAGGUCAUGCUCCAUCACCGGCUGUGGAACAACUUUGAUUGGGCUCUGGAUUAUGACCUCACCCUGAAUGACACCUCCGUUGUCCACCCUGUGCUCUGGCUCCUGCUGGGACCCCGGCCGCUCACCCUACGCCUGCGCCAGAGGAGUGGGCUGGCGCUGCAGCACAGACCCGUUGUGCUGUUAAAAGAGCUGAAUGGUAAGGGGAAUUACUACCCCAUGGUUCAGUCCGCCUUCAUCGAAGACAGCCGAAGCCAGCUGGUGCUGCUGUCCCAGCAGGCACAUGGCGUCUCCAGCCAAGGGAAUGGGCAGGUGGAGGUCAUGCUCCAUCACCGGCUGUGGAACAACUUUGAUUGGGCUCUGGAUUAUGACCUCACCCUGAAUGACACCUCCGUUGUCCACCCUGUGCUCUGGCUCCUGCUGGGACCCCGGCCGCUCACCCUACGCCUGCGCCAGAGGAGUGGGCUGGCGCUGCAGCACAGACCCGUUGUGCUGUUAAAAGAGCUGAAUG